GACCAGACAAGUUGCAAAAUCGGAAAAGCUCCUCUAAGUGCAAUAAUUUACAGCAACAGCCUUACAUAAUGGAUGGAGAACUUUCAGAAUUCUGAAAAAAGGAGUGUUCUGAGUGGAGUGAAUUUUUCUAUAAUUUCAUGGUGAAUUGUUUGAAUUGUGAUUUGAAAGUGAUCGAUUAGUUAAGCUUUAGUGAUAAGAUGGAUUUCAAUCAGAAAUAGCGUUCACUUUGUUGAAAUCAACCGAAAAGAAAGAUGAAUCAUUACAGUACAUUUGAAAUUGAAACCAUGAACAAUGGUACCACCAAACCAUCGAUUGUACGUUAAUUACCACCUAUCGGUCAACGGAGGAGACAAUUAACGCUAACAAAGAACUAUAAUCACCCACAUCAUAGACAGACGUAACCCUCAUCUUUAUCGUCAUCAUUAGAUAACACCGGACAAGGAACUCAAGAUGACAUAGACUUCCGGUGGUAGUCGACAUCGUGACUCUCAAUAUAACCGUUUCCAGUUAACUACUACUAACUGACCAUUAUCGCAAACACCAUACCACUCGUCAAAGCGUGCGCUGUGUUCUGGCGCCUAAUACCGGUGGAGACGCUUGGUAAUUGAACCGAUUGAACGACAUUGGCGAUGGCUGAACAACAACAGCGUGAUUCCUUGUGUCCUCGGUUGAUUGACUAUUUGGCGAUUGUAGGCGCCCGGUCGGCGGUCGUCGCCCGUCCCAGCACUGGCAAUGCGACAUCGGCUGGUGCCAACACCGGGAACGCCCCGGGACUGCAUGCUACUGGACCGAACUCGGCUCCUCCGGUGCAGAUUCCGGAGCUACUACGUCGAUAUCCGCCCACGGACCAUGCGGAUUUCCCACUCCCACUGGAUAUGGUGUACUUCUGUCAGCCGGAAGGUUGCGUCAGCGUGGGUCCACGAAGGACAGGGUCAGCGGUGCGGGAUGCCACGUCGUUUGUGUUCGCCUUAACCGAUAAGGAUUCGAGUAAAACACGAUAUGGAAUAUGCGUUAAUUUCUACCGCCCUGUGGAGAAAUAUGUUCCAGGAGUUGGUGGGGCGGGUAACCUAUCCAGUGGCCGGAAAGGACGUAAUUCGACAUUUCGAAGAGAAUCUUGGAGGAAAAGCAUGGAGAAAAGUUCGGAUUCGGCUUUUUCAAGUGACUACAGAAGUAGCAAUAUAGCACCGAGUGACUCCUCGGAUCGGGACUGCCCAAGCAGGAGGGAUUCGGAUCCACCAAACACAGCCUACUACGGAGGGUCUCAGCAGCAGCAAACUAGACUCGGUGUGACGGGACCGUCGGCGGAUUCCGAAUCGGGAGGAAGCCAUUCUCCGUCACCGCGAGCAUCUCGGAAACGAUCGAAAAUCCGAAGUCACUCCCUUACAUCGCUGUGCAUCCUUUCGCAUCAUCCGUUCUUAUCAACCUUUCGGGAGUGUUUGUUCAUUUUGAAAAAGCUAAUCGACGCUUGCAACGAUGCUUCCAGCCCGAAACGGGUCGGUGCUUCCCGCCAAAGUGGAAGGGAUAGCGUGUGGAGCGUGCUGACCAGUCAGGCCACGGAAUCGACGCCAUCGGUUGUGCUGCACGACGUGAAGGAGAUUGAAACGUGGAUACUGAGGCUGCUUUCGGCACCGGUUCCCGUGCCAGGAUCCACCAGGGUGGAGGUCGAAAUCCUCUCGCCGGUCAUCCAUCAACCGCUGGCAUUUGCCCUACCGGACCAUACCCGUUUCACACUGGUAGACUUCCCGCUGCACCUGCCACUAGAACUGCUGGGCGUUGAAACGUGUCUCAAAGUUAUGACGCUCAUUCUGCUGGAGCAUAAAAUCAUCAUCCAAUCACGGGACUACAACGCCCUAUCGAUGUCCGUGAUGGCUCUGGUGAACCUAAUCUACCCGUUGGAGUACAUGUUUCCUGUGAUCCCGUUGCUACCGACCUGUAUGGGGAGUGCCGAACAGUUGCUGUUAGCUCCCACUCCGUACAUCAUCGGACUGCCAGCAACGUUCCUGAUGUAUAAGAAAAAUUUCAGACUGCCGGACGACAUUUGGUUGGUGGAUUUAGACUCCAAUCGGCUUACGCCGGCAUCCGGCGAACCCGAGCAAGUUCCACCUCUUCCCGAACCAGAAGGGACGAUUCUUAAAAAUCAUCUAAAACAGGCCAUGCAACUAAUGGAUCAGGCAGGAGUUGGUGCUAUAACUUCCAUGACGACAAGCAAUCAAGCUAGCACGGCGCCGUCUGGCCUUAUGAUCAGCCAGCCCGGUUCCAAUCGUGAGAGCUUCAGCGGAACAAGCAUUCCUCCUCAAACUUUCCCUCAGCCUUUACAAGUGCCAGGAUCAGCAAGCAAUAGCCAACGGAGCUCGUUUUCCGGUGCGGUGGGGAUAUCUCGUCAACCGAGUCCCGUUGGACCACCGCAACCGAACCCCUUCCUGUACGGUACAGAUGUGGAUUCGGUGGACGUGGCGACCCGGGUCGCAAUGGUACGGUUCUUCAACUCACAAAAUACACUUGCCAACUUUACGGAACACACUCGCACGCUCCGUCUCUAUCCGAGACCUGUGGUGGCGUUCCAAAUCAACAGUUUUCUACGUUCCCGACCCAGGGCAUCCGCCUUCCUGAAUCGGUUUGCACGAACUCAAGCCGUUGAAUGGUUGGCCGAGUGGUCGCUAACUCCUAACAAUGUAGCAUUUCUGAGAGUGCAAACAGGGGUGCUAGAUCCGGCCCAGGUUGGUGACAAACCGAAGUGGUACGCGCAUACGUUAACUCCUAUCAAGUUCCCCGUAUGGGACAAUAGCGGCUCGUUGAAUAGUGCUCUGAAGGGUAUGCAGCAGCUUGAAAACCAGCCAACAGACGAAAGUGGUUCGGACUCGGAAAAUGCGGAAAGUACUAGUUCGUCGUAUUCGUCGUUGAGUGAUUUCGUUUCCGAAAUAGCAUCAUCAGACCUUUCACCGAGCUUGCACGAUGUCUACGGGAAUCAACAUCACGUACACGUGGCACCGAAAACCCUAUCUUCCAAUCUCGAUCCGAAGUUGGUGUAUCGACCACCGAGCUCUUUGCGCUAUCCAGAUGGCAUGAAACCUCCGCAAGCAGAACCUGGCGAUACGGAUCGCCCGGAUUCACCGGCAUCAACAUCGUCCAGCCGAUCGGAUCUCAGUAGUCCUCCAGAUUCGGAAUUCGAGUUUAACCCAAAAGCGCGGAGCGAAGUACAGGUGCCCCCAAAACCGGCCAAGGAAACGCAGGGUAGCUUCGAAAACGAAUCCGAUUCGAAUUCAACGACUACGCCAAAGACGAUCGUAUCGAAAGAAAGCAGUGGUUCCCUGGAUGCGGAAGGGAAACGAAAUAGGCUGGGAAAGAUUCCGCCACCUUUGUCUCCAAACCUUGCACGACAACAAAGUGGGAGCAACAUGCUAGCCAGAACAUCCAGUUCGGGGUCGACUGGUUCUAGUGGUCAUCCACCAUCGCUAGGAUCAGCCGGAUCGCAACGUCAGAGCUCUCAAGGAUCAUUGUUUGAGGUCUUGACUUCACAGGCGAAGGAAUUGGUGCGCGAAACGACCCGGCAAAGUAGUCAGGAUGGAUUACUGGCUCACGUUGACAAGUUUAAAGAACAAGCGAAAGAGUUCAAGGAGCAUGCGGAAGAGGAAAUGAAAAUACUCGCUCCACUGGAACAGCUAACGCUACAAGCAAAGAAAGCCGCCGAAGAAGCAUCCAAGCAGGCCUUGGAAGCUUCAAAGCAAGCGGCUGGAGUCAGCAAGAACACACUCGACGAUCUGACCUACGUGGGCAAGUCAACGCUAGGUGAUCUGACGAAAACGGCUAAGGAAGCAGCCGCUAAAAAGGGUAUACACCUUCACCAAGGUAACCAGCAGAAUCUACAGGGCCAGCAGACAGUUUCCUCAUCUGGUAGUGCCACAGUGGCUACCACGAACCAAUCGCUGUUGUCGUCGAUCACCAGCGACUUUAAUGGGAUCGCCCAGUCUACGUCGAGUAUGUUCUCGGACUUGUUCGGCAGUAAACAGAGCAAACAUACUAGCCAACAGCAGGUGCGAUCAGCUGCUAGUAGCGUACAGUCUAGUCCAGGUCAAACUCAAACUAAAAUUAAGGAUAAGCUAUCGUUUGAUUCAUUCCCCGGUCGAAAGAGCUUGGCAGAACGUACUCCACUCAUCAAACAUUCGGGGCCGAAGCAAACGCAGGAGGAGAUCCAACGAAUACAGAAUGCAGAACGGUCAUCAAGUAACUCGGAAAACCAAGCAUUCUUGAAGGACUUGGUCAACCAGGUACUCGCGGGCGAGGGAGUUGGUUGGCUGAAGCUGAAUCGUCUUAAGAAGUUGAUGGAGGAUGAAUCGUAUCGAAUGUUAGUGCUUGGAAAGUUGAACAAGACUUUGGAACGGAAGAUCGGGCCCGAUGAUCACAUCGACGAUGUGUGCAUAACGAAGCAUGUUUACAAGGGGACACUCAAAUGUUUGCUGGCUAUUACCCAUGGGCUGGAAAACACGGUUGCAAACUUCGGGCUUGGAGGAAUGGCAUCUGUGUUCCAAAUGAUGGAGAUUGCUCAUACACACUACUGGAGUAAAGACCUGACAGAUAAUACGGGUGACCUGUCGGCCAGCUUGCUGUCAAGUCGGUCCGUCAGUCCAAUGGGAAGUCGAGAGAAUCUUCGAUCACCACCAAGUCCGUCGGAACCGGGAGACUGGAGCUCCGUGGUAGGAUCCCGUAAAAAUUCUUCCGUACUAAACGAACCUGUGAUAUUGCGUCGACCGUCGGAGAAUGACAACGAUAAUCAAUCAACGACCGAGAUGUUCAAGGAUAUGUUAACUCAAAAGCGAAAUAUGCUGCUCAGCAAACUAACCUCUUUUGAUUCUGAGCCUGGCGGUGGAGUUCACGGAUCGUCCGGUGCGCUGUCCGUGGCCAGUGAUGUGCUACCACAGCAACACUCCGGAGGAUCGUUGAUACCGUCCAUCUCUUGCCGGUCGACCGUUUCCGAUACGGAGUACGAGAAACUUCCAAAGGGAUCAUCAACCCUGAAGGACGCCAAGAAGAUGGCUGGUGGUUUGUUCACUGGCAAGUCAUCCCUCAGCGCUGGUUUCCGUUACACUGGUGGAAGCCUGAUUCCUACGUCGAACUCGCCUUCGCCAGAUGCUCCACGAGUCUACCUGUUCGAAGGACUGCUCGGUAAGGAGCGAUCCAACGUGUGGGAUCAGAUGCAGUUUUGGGAAGAUGCCUUUCUGGAUGCGGUCAGUCAGGAACGUGACAUGAUCGGCAUGGAUCAAGGUCCCGGAGAGAUGAUGGAACGGUACAAAUCACUCUCGGAAUCAGAACGCAAGCGGUUGGAACAUGACGAAGAUCGACUGCUGUCUACGAUGCUGUACAAUCUGACGGCGAUUUUGGUGAUGUUGAAUUGUAACAAAUUGGAGAUCAAACGAAAAGUUCGGCGAUUACUUGGCAAAAGCCAUAUCGGAUUGAUCUACGCUCAGGAAGUGAACCUGUUGUUGGAUCAGAUCAACAAUUUGCAUGGCAACGACAUUGAUUUGAAACCUCUGGGUUCAAGACUUCUCCAUCGACAGAGUUUCACCGUUCACCAGGGUAUAGAUACGACUGGUCCGUUGCGGUUUAUGGAAGUUCGGGACGAUGGGUUGGUGCUGCGGUCGGUCAAUGGAACGAUCGUGGAGCGAUGGUGGUUCGAACGGUUGGUCAAUAUGACCUAUUCACCCAAGACUCGCGUUCUGUGUCUCUGGCGUCGGAAUGGCGGUCAAACCCAGCUGCAAAAAUACUACACGAGAAAGUGCAAGGAACUGUACACUGCCAUCAAGGAAGCCAUGGAACGCAAUGGAUGUACCGGUCAGGGACCCGAGCUGGGCGGUGAGUUUCCGGUACAGGAUCUGAAUACCGGCGAAGGAGGGCUGAUGCAGAUCUGCUUGGAAGGUGUGGGACUUUUGUUUGCCAAUAGCAAGUUUUUCAUACGUUUGGAGCACAUACGGAAAUGUUUUACCCAAAAGGGAGGCGUUUUCAUACUGGAGGAGUACAAUCCCAAAACACGCCAGUUGAUCCAAAGGAAGUUUGUGUCGAAUCUGGCCGAUGACAUAUGCUAUUCGGUUCUGUGCGUCUUCUCGUAUGUGGCUGCCGGGCAAGAAUGGCAAAAGAAAUAUCCAGCCAUCACGUUGGCUGGUCCCGCGUCACAUGGAACGCAACAUGUAGUUUCAUUGACGACAACUACCGCUCAGCAGCAACAGGUUGCCCAACCUGCCCCUCCGGCGAUGAAACUUACCGCACAACCUGUGCAACCUCCAACGCAAAAUAGCCAAAAGGUACAACAGACACAUCUACCACAGCAAACUUCCCCCAAAUUACAGACCGUUAUCGGUAAACCUAUCCCGCAACAACAGCAGCAGCAGCAACAGCAGCAGCAGCAACAACAGCAACAACAGCAACAACAACAACCACCGCAACAACCUAUUCAUCGACCUCCACCGCAGCAGCCUCCACCGGUCAGUCCUGUUCCUCAGCUGAAGCAAGCCCCAUCCAUUCCCGCUCGGCCCGUCUCAGCAUCCACCUCGGUGUCUGCAUCGACGACAUCCUCCUCUUCAUCCUCCACCUCGUCAGAUCCACCUAAGAUCAAACCCCCGGUUCUUCCAUCAUCGACCGGACGCCUGCCCCAGCAAUCGUCCCUUCCCAACCGUGGUCCACCACCGGCCAUCCCACCCCGGAUUGGACUCGGACAGCGGUCCGGUUCGGUGCAGAUACCUUCCAGUUCGACCGGUGAUUCCCAUCAGAUGCGGCAGCUCAAGCGGCAACAGUCGGCCGCAUCGCCUCCUAGCCAAUCACCACCGUCGCAUCACUUUCAACAUCAGACUCAGCAGCAGCAGCAGCAGCAGCAGCAGCAGCAGGGGCCACAGCAGCAAUAUCAGCAGAGGCAGAAUUCCAAGGGAACAAUCAAUCUGUAUCGAAAGAAUUAAGAACGUUAAGGUUAUUUUUUGAGGGUUAUGGAAAUGUUUAUUUUUAUUACAAUUAAUGACCCUUUGGCCGAAGAUAUCAUAUCAAUAUGGAUAUGUUGUCUUCGCUUUAACCCUAAGGUCAUGCAGGUUAGAUGAAAAUGUUUAUUUCACUGCUAUUUAGCUGGAGGAGAACGUUACGAUCGACAUUUAGAAGUAGUCAAUGAUUAACGGUUGCCUGGUAAAUUAUUGCAAACUGCAUACUUUUUUCACAGUCUUGAACUUGUUUAAAAACUUAAGAAUAAUGAUUAGUUAAGCCCUUGAAAUCCAGGCGAAAUUCUAAUAUAGGCACCUCGAUGUC